UAUAUACACACACACACAUAUAUUAUACCUCAAUUUUUAAUUCUGCGCAUUCUUCAUUUUUUUUCUUCGAGAUCAUCGAUUUAUUUUAAUAUUAUAUUUUAUAGUAUAGACUUGACUAAAAAUAUACAUAUACUUACGUAAAUCAGGAUAAGAGUGAGAAUAUUUACGAAUGUGAGAUGAAUAGGUGAUGCUGCAUAUAAUACGUGUAAAUAACUUUUAAAUUUGCUUUAAUAAAAACUUGGUCACAAUUUUGAGGCAAAUACUUUAUUUCAACGAGAUAAGCCUUCUUAGUGACCAACAUAUAUGAUAAAUGUUUUAACAAUAUAAUAAUAACAAUGUUAAAUAAUAAUAAUAGUACCACGGUAGUUGAUUGAUUUAUUAAUUCAUUGCGCACUUUGUUAUGUUAUCUACUGUAUAGCAAUUUAUUGUGUAAUUAUUUUAGUAAGUAUAAUCACUUAUUCUUUAUUUAAAUAGUUGUGCGGUAACUGAUUCGUCAUUUUUUAAAUUUUGUAAGUUAUCUAACUACGUGAACUAAGCCAACUUGUUAAACAAAGAGCACCUCUAUUGAAUGAUAUGUUCUCUAUCUUUCUAGCGUCCUAGUUUCUUACCCUAAUGUUUUUGAAACGAAUAAUCAAUAAAAAAGUCCUUACGACUCAUGAUAUAGAGAAUUUAUUAUUUACAUCUAUAGGCUAUAUGUUUUAUCUGAAAUAUUAUGUAUAAGAUAGAUAAAAUAUGAUCAACUUAUUAUAUUAGUUUAUUAAUCCGAUAUAUAUUCGAUCGAAUUUGCGCUCGUUCUCUUUCCAAUAUGAUUUAGAAUUGACUGGUUGGCAUCUAUGUUACAAAAUUUGUUGGUAACAAUGAUAUUUUGAAUUUGAACUAUCAAAACUAUAAUGGCCGUUUACUGUGCUUAACGUACAUCAACAGGUUAACCAUUCUAAUUUCAAAAUGACGAUCUCCUUGCAAAAUAUAACAUUUUGUAAUUUUAAGUCAUAUAUAGGAGAAAUAAUAAUGGGUCCGUUUCACUCAUUUUUGACGAUUGUUGGACCCAAUGGAUCCGGAAAAUCAAAUAUUGUUGACGCUGUGCGUUUUGUAUUGGGAGAUGUGUUGAGUGCUUUACGUGUUAACCGAUUCAGCGAACUUGUUUGUAGAAAUCUCUCUGGGAAACCAACGACAGGAAGUACCUAUGUAACAUUAACCUUUCUGAUAGACAACAAUGAGGAAAAAAGUUUCACAAGGAUGAUACAAGGAGAAAAUAGUCAAUACAAAAUAAAUAACAAGAUUGUCACGAGUAAAUUUUACAUGACCACACUACAAGAAUAUGGUUUGGAUAUAAAGUCAAAUCACUUCCUCGUAUCUCAAAACCAUGUAGAAUGUAUUGCAAUGAAAACACCAAAAGAACUUACUGCAGUUUUUGAACGAAUCAGUGGUUCAUAUAUAUACAAAGCAGAUUACAAGAGAUUAAAGAUGAAAGUUGCACAAAUGGAAGAUAAAAUUCAUUUUACACAACACAUGAAAAAGCAGCUAUUAAUAAAUAAAAAAUAUACUAUAAUAGAAAAAGAACAAGCAGAAAGAUAUUUAAAACUACAAGAGCAAUAUAAGAAGGAGAAAUUGCAAUAUCAAUUAAUUCGUCUGUUUCUCAUUAAAAGAAUGGUUCAGACUUUACAAGAUGAAAGUAAAGAUAUCAAAUCUCGCAAAGAAGAGUAUUUACGUGAUAAGAGAAACGCGAUAAUUGUAUUGGAGCGCAAGAACUUGCAGUCUAAGUUAUUUACCACUUCUUUCGAAGAUAAUGAACAAAGAAUUUUGGAAUUGGGAAACAUUAUCCAAGAACAAAAGGUACAAUAUGCCGUUCUCAAAGAAAGUAUUUCAUAUUGGCAGAAAAAACGUGAUUGUGCUCGCAUAUCUUUGGAAAGCGCGAGUUUGGCACGUGACAUGAACAAAAAAACUAUUGAAGAACUGAAAAAUGAGUUAAAACAGAUAGCCAACAAAUUAAUAGAGUUAAAAAAAGUUUCAGAGGAGGGUUGUAUAGAACUUAGUGACUCCCAGAUUAAGCAGUAUUUUGAACUGAAGAAUAUAGUUGAAUAUCAAGCGAAAGAUUUUGUGAAACAGAUAAACAAUUUAACUCGCGAACAAAAAGUGGAUCAUGAUCGCUUAGAUAACGAAAAUAGACGAAAACAAGAAUUGGAAGAUAAAGUGAAACAGACAGCGCUAGUGAAGGAAAAUAUGAAGACUCGUCUUAGGAAAUUGCAGAACAUAAUAGUUGAAUCCAGAGUGAUGUUAACAGAAAAAGCAACGAAGAAGAAAGAACUUAAUGACAAAAUUACCGAGACGAAUAAUAAGUCAUUGACUUUAAAGAACGACAUUGCGCAAAUUUUAAAGGAACUGAACGACGUCGAUGUCAAUAAUUAUACGACUUCGUGGCAAAAAAAGAAAAUUGAAACGAUCAAAAUCUUAAAACAAUUAUUUCCUGGCGUGCACGAUCGUUUAUCUAAUCUAUGCAAGCCUAUUCAUUCGCGUUACAAAAUUGCAGUAAUAAAAGUCUUUGGUAAGCAAAUAGAUUCCAUUGUCGUCGAUACUGUAAAUACAGCAAAGCAGUGUAUGGAAUAUUUAAAACUGCAAAAAAUAGGAGUUGAAACAUUUUUACCUCUUGACUCAUUGAAACAAGUGGUUUUAAAAGAAAAAUUACGUGAUAUAGGAAGAUUAAACGUCAAAUUGUUAUAUGAUGUUCUGAAUAUUUCAUCCCCAGAAAUAGAUAAAGCGAUCCUAUUUGUCACUAAAAACACUCUAGUAUGCGAGACACAAGAAGAUGCAAGAAGAGUAGCAUACAAAAUUGAUAAGGAAACUAAUGAUUGCAUCUCGUUGGAUGGAUUCUUUUAUCGUAAAGAUGGUAUAAUGUCAGGGGGGGUGAUUGAUUUAAUAAAUAAAGCUAAACAAUGGGAAGAAAGGGACAUAAUUGCAUUAAAAGAACAGAAGGAGCAAUUAAAGAAAGAGCUCCAAGAUUUGUCUAAUGUUUCUUUGCUGCAGUCUGAACUUUGUGAAAUUGAUGCUCAAUUUAAAGGACUCAAUUUAAAAAUAAACUUUAUUGAAAAAGAUUUAAAUGACACCGAGGAUAAAAUCACCAGAGUACAUGAAGAAUCAAUUAAAUACGAUACGGAAUUAUCUUUGUUAAAUGAAAAGAUAUUAAAGAUUCAAUGUGAUAUGCAAACAAGAGAUGAAAAACUUGAAAACGUGAAAAGACAUGUCUCUAUAACCGAAAAUUCAAUCUUCGCUGACUUUUGCAGAAAUAUUGACGUGCCGGAUAUCGGUUAUUAUGAGAAGAGCCAUCUGUGGACAUAUCAAGAGCAGAAGAAGAAGCAAAUAGAACUAAAGAACCAACACGAUCUUAUCCAGAAUCAAUUGCAUUUUGAAAAAAAUCGCAAUAUGGAAAAUAAAAUUUUGAAGUGGAUACGUAUUGUGGAACAAGCCGAUGCGAAGUUGGUCGAAAUGCAUCAGCAGGAGCUUUCUACGAAGAAAGCUGUCGAAAAAGAAGAAAAGAAACUAUCGAAAUUACAGGAAGAUCGCGCGAUUAUAAAGGAAAAUUUAAUGAAUGUAGAAAAUAAAAUAGCUCAAUGCAAGUUACAAAUCGAUAUUAUCUCUAAGUCGUACCUGGAGACUCGGAGAACUGACAUUAUUGUACAAAGAAAAAUAGGGCAACAAAAGGUUGCAUGCGAUAACAUACUUAAGGAAUGCAAGUUGGAAGACAUUACUAUUCCGAUAUUGUCGGAGAAAUCGCCUAGUAAAUUGGGUCUAAGUAGUUCGAGUUCAUUUACGGACUCUUCGAUUGACUGGGAUAUGUCGAAGUCAAAAAUCGAUUUUUCACAGUUUUCCAUAAGUAUCCACGAUAGUAUAGAAGAGAAUUUGCAAGAUAUAGUUAAGCAACUCAGUGAGAAGCUCACGCAAAUACAAAAUGAGCUUGAAGUUAUAGUAAAUCCAAACCUUAAGGCUCAAGAAAAUAUGGAUUCCGUGAUGCAAGAAAUACAAGAGUUAAAUAAGAAACUCAAAAAAUUGCAUGAGGAAACUAACGGAAUAAAAAAGCAGUUUGAAGCAGUAAAAAUGAAAAGAUUCAAUCUAUUUUCAGAAUGUCUGGAUUGCGUUGCUACAGAAAUAGAUUCUGUAUAUAAAAGUUUGGUUAACUGCACGUCGGCUUCUGCUUUCAUUUUACCGGACAAUCCCGAAGAGCCAUAUGAGGGCGGAAUAAAUUACAGUUGCAUACCGCCGUCUAAGUGUUUCCAGCCGUUACAGAAUUUAUCUGGAGGCGAGAAAACACUUGCUGGCCUGACAUUAUUAUUCGCAUUUCAACGUUAUAAACCAGCCCCGUUUUUCAUUAUGGACGAAAGCGAUGCGGCAUUAGAUAACGCGAAUAUAAAAAAUCUCACUCACUUCAUACGAUCUCAAUCAGACACUACUCAAUUUAUAAUAGUAAGUUUGCAGAAGUUGUUAUACUUUUGCUCGGAUGCUCUCAUAGGAGUUACUACUGAGAGAGGAUCGUUGAUGAGGCGCCGGGCUGUAGAGCUAGCCGCAGGGCUCCUCGUGGUCCAGCUGCUGCUGCUGCUGUCGCCGUUGACGAACCAAGUAGACGCUGCGAAAAGCCGACCGAGGAAACGGUCCAAGCCUACGGGUCUGCAGGCGCAGCAACCUGGCAACGAUUACUAUUACGAUUAUUAUGACAACUACGACGAGUACGAGGAGAAGAAUGGCACCACAACGACGUCGCCAUUACCCGUGAUACCAAGCACACGGCCUUCAGAAUCAGCAGUUGAAGGUACGCAGCCUACGUAUAUAGAAGAAACACCUACAGACUUGCCGGCUGCAACAACAACUCGAUUUUAUAACCAUGACUUGGAGGAAACUAAUCUCACAUCUGAACAGGAUCAUCCGGUACCCACGGAAAUCUUACCGGGCGAAAGUAACCUAUACAGUUCCGUGGCUGGUCCACGGGGUGAGCCUGGUCGACCUGGAGACAUCGGUCGUCCAGGCGAUGUAGGAUUCCCUGGACAUCCUGGUACUCCUGGAAUUCCUGGACCACCUGGACCUCCAGGCCCUGUACCUGAUGUAUCUCUAUAUUAUCAACAAUUGGCUUUAUCUCAAGCGAAUCAGGAUAAAGGUCCGACGGGUGCAGCGGCAUCAUUGUAUGGUCCAGACGCGUAUUCUUACAUUCAAGCGCAAACCGGUCCAAUGGGCCCACGAGGUCCUCCAGGUCCUCCUGGAGCUCCUGGUCCUCAAGGUUUUCAAGGUACACGCGGCGAGCCUGGUGAGCCAGGAACUUCAGGCCCUCCUGGAGCAUCAGGUCCAAGAGGUCUUCCAGGAUUGCCUGGAAAAGAUGGUGUUAGUGGAGAAGAUGGCGAGACCGGUCCCCCAGGAUCGCCUGGUCCUGUGGGUUCACGUGGUCUCCCAGGAAUGCCUGGACUUACAGGAAUAAAAGGCCAUCGUGGUUUCCCUGGCUUAGACGGAGCUAAAGGAGAACAAGGUGCUUCUGGUGAGAAAGGAUCUAUGGGUGCACCUGGAUCCAUGGGGCCGAUAGGGCAAAUAGGUCUAGCAGGACCACGUGGUGAAAGAGGUAGAGAAGGUCCAUCGGGUCCUCCUGGUAUGAGGGGCGUCGACGGAGUUUCUGGACCGCCUGGACAACCCGGUGCUGUUGGUAAAUCUGGGCCACCAGGCUUUCCAGGCAGUCCUGGAGCUAAGGGAGAUCAAGGAGCACAAGGACCGAAAGGAAGUCAGGGCUUACAAGGUCCGCGAGGUGAAAGUGGCCGUCCAGGACAGCCUGGUGAAACAGGUCCGCAGGGCCCACAGGGCAAAGACGGAGUUCCCGGUGAAAAAGGAACUAUUGGAGCAAUAGGACCUGCUGGUGUGCCCGGAUUUCCAGGUGCACGAGGUCAACCCGGAAUAGCGGGCAAUCAUGGCGUUCCUGGAGCUAAAGGAGCACCUGGUCUUCCGGGUGAAAGAGGUUUUAAAGGUGACGCCGGUGUAAAAGGAGAUGCAGGAGUGCCUGGUCCACGUGGACUUCCAGGGCCACCAGGAAACGAAGGGAAGAGGGGAAAAAGAGGAAUGCGUGGGCCAGUCGGUGCCGCGGGUCCUCCUGGAGAACGUGGUACACCUGGAGUCCGAGGUCUUCCUGGACCAGACGGUCCUGUCGGACCUCAAGGACAACCUGGUGAUCGUGGUCCUGCUGGAGCGAUUGGAUUAAAAGGUGCCACCGGAGAUCCUGGACAACCUGGAUCGCCGGGACUACAAGGUGCACGUGGUUUAAUGGGUAGACCCGGAGCCCCUGGCAAACCAGGCAAUCCUGGCGAACGUGGAAUUCAAGGUGCAGAUGGCAAGCCUGGAGAGCAAGGUCCACCUGGAUUGCAGGGUCUGCCAGGACCAUUAGGAGCGCCAGGAGAGAGAGGAUAUCCUGGAGAACCUGGGAAAGAUGGUGAAGCUGGUAACCCAGGUCCGCCCGGUCCAAGAGGUGACAUCGGCAAGGAAGGACCUCCAGGAGUGCAAGGACUACUGGGACCAUCGGGAAGUGAUGGUGCGAGAGGUCCUCCGGGGCCUGUUGGGUCUAGAGGUUUUCAAGGUCUUCCAGGCACCGCCGGUAAUCCAGGUGUUCCAGGCAAGGAUGGAGAAGCGGGCGUGCAAGGGCCUCCUGGCCCACCGGGACCAAUUGGCAACAGAGGUGAACGAGGAUUUCCGGGAGAAAGGGGAUCAAUGGGCUCACCAGGACCUAUGGGCCCAAGAGGAGAAACCGGAAUGCAAGGCGCUGAUGGUGUCAUUGACUUCCUGGCCCAAGAGGACUACCUGGAGAACUUGGACAGAAAGGAGAAAGAGGGGCAUUUGGACCUGUUGGACCAGAAGGUCCUUCAGGUAAUAUUUUAUAUUAUCUGAUAUUAUUUAUAUUGUUUAUAUUGAUCACUAUAUUGAUCUAUUACAUCAAAUUAUAUAAAAUUAAAAUUAAGACGUAUUGGAGAACGUGGUUUACAAGGAGAAGUUGGUCCUCCUGGUGCCCCCGGAGAACCAGCAGAACGAGGUGAUCCAGGUCCACCAGGUCCUACUGGUGAGCCUGGGGCUCCUGGAAAUCCAGGAGAGAGAGGUCUUCAAGGAUUGCAAGGAUUACAGGGUUUCCCAGGUCCACAAGGAUUAAUAGGACUUCCUGGUUUGAAGGGUGAUCGCGGCUAUCCGGGCUUAAAAGGAGAACAAGGGAAUCCGGGACUACCUGGCAGUCCAGGUGAAGUUGGACUACAAGGGCUUACUGGACUUACUGGUGCUAAAGGAAUUAGAGGCGAACCGGGUGUACGAGGUGAAUCUGGUUUAAUGGGGCCACCUGGCAUUAUGGGACAAGUUGGUCCAGCGGGCCCACCAGGAAAUGUAGGGCCAUCUGGUGCUCCAGGAUUAAUUGGUAUAAAAGGCAACGCGGGUGAUGUUGGGCGUCCUGGAAUUCCAGGUCCUAUUGGUAAUCCUGGCCCACCCGGAAUAGAUGGAAAUAAAGGAGAAAAUGGAUCUCCAGGGUCCCAAGGACCAGCUGGCCCUCAAGGACCACAAGGUACACCUGGUGAAAGAGGUUUGCCAGGUUUACCCGGUUCUCCUGGUUUCAUAGGAAAUAGAGGACUACGUGGAGUACCUGGUGAAACUGGACAACCAGGAAAACCAGGAGCGGAAGGACCACCUGGACCACCUGGCGUAGUAGGUCCUCCUGGUCUUUCUGGUCACAUAGGAGAAGCAGGACCAGAAGGACCGGUUGGAAAACCAGGACCGCCGGGAAUAGGUGGUCGACCUGGAGAUAAGGGACCGCCUGGUAUAUCUGGCGCAACAGGCCCAUCUGGUCCUACUGGAUUACCAGGACCACCUGGACAAACAGGGUCUACAGGAUUUCCCGGAGAACGCGGGUCAAAAGGAGAAGCGGGUCCACAAGGUGUGGAAGGUCCACAAGGACCACGAGGAAAACCCGGUCCAGCGGGCCUCGAAGGGGUAAAAGGUGAUCGCGGAGAAGAAGGACAGAAGGGUUCUAAGGGACAUCGUGGAUUCAAUGGUUUGCAAGGAUUGUCUGGAUCUCCUGGAUUACCAGGAGAAAAGGGUAUGCCCGGUUUGCCAGGACUUCCCGGUAAAGAUGGAGAACCUGGGAUCAGAGGUAAUCCUGGACGAGAUGGUAGUCCAGGGCCCAUCGGGCUUCUAGGAAAUCCUGGACCAAGAGGUCCAUCUGGGGAAGAAGGACGUCAUGGAUCACCAGGUCCUCCAGGACCUCCUGGCCCACCUGGUCCACCCGGAGAACUUGGUUUCGGAUACGAUGCUGCAUCUUUAGCAGCACUUAUAGGACAAGGCCAAACUAAAGGACCAGAUCCACUUGGCGAUGAACCACCGAGGAUAUUUGGUAAAGAUAUCACUGAAGAAGAAAGAAGAGAAUUACUUCAGAAAGCUUACGAAAAUUUAAAAUCCUCUUUUCAAAAAUUGGUGAAACCGGAUGGUCAAAAGAAUUCACCGGCUAAAACCUGUCGAGAUUUAUUUGUCGCGUACCCAGAUAAAUUAUCCGGUGAAUACUGGAUUGAUCCGAAUGAAGGGGAUAUCCGGGAUGCAAUUUUGGUGUAUUGCGAUGCUAAGAAACGCGCUACUUGCCUUUUACCAAAUCCUCCUCGUUCACCGGAGAUCAAUUAUAUCACUGAUCAACAAGAAACUUGGCUCAGCGAGAUAGAAGGCGGCAUGAAGAUCACAUACAAGGCGGAUAGCAAUCAGAUUAGUUUCUUGCAACUGCUCUCGAAACACGCGCAACAAAACAUCACGUAUCACUGUAAAAAUAGCGUGGCAUACUUUGAUUACGAGCGAAAAACGUACAGAAGGGGCUUGAAGCUCCUGGCUUGGAACGACGUCGAGCUGACACCGCGGGGCAAUCAACGUCACAGAUAUGAGAUGAUGAUGGACGAGUGUAAGGUGCAUCAAGAUCACUGGGGUAAAACUAUUGUUUCAUAUGAGACGGACAAACCCAUAAGGCUUCCCAUCCUAGACAUGGCUUUACGUGACAUCGGGCGACCCGAACAGAGUUUCUCCGUCGAGAUCGGCGCAGCUUGUUACGAAUAACGCAAGGUGUAACGAUGCAACACGACAUUGCAAUUGUUAUCUUACUACGAGCAUCGUUUUUUAUUGCUAAGGAAACGAAGUCUUCCAGUAUGUCUUAAGGGUACUUAAGAACCCCUGACGACUUUAAUGCUAUUUCUAUCUUUUUUUACAGGUUUAUACAGUACUCUAGCAAUUAAACGUUACUUAACUUAAUCCGCGUUGGUCUGUAUUGUACACGUUGCUGUUAUUUCAUUCAAGAGUUCUCGAAUAGCGACAGUAAUUUAGAAAUACCUAGAAACAAUUAUCUGUAAGCUAUAUUGCACCUCUUACAUUCCAAGACGGAGCUGCAAAUCGAUAAAUUAUAUCCGUGAUGUUACAACUGAACAAUUUAAUAGCCACAGAAUUAUCCGGAUAUUUUUUUUCUCUUAGAUUUCGCUCGUGAGUGCUAUAAACCUGGAUAUUUCUGGACAUAAAAAUAUAUCGCGUAAGCGCGAGUCUAAAUGCGCACGAUGUCAAAAUAUUGUGUACAUAAUAAUAGAUAAGUUCUAUUUACGUCGCUUUUACUUGCGCAGCUAUCUGUAGAAAUACAAUUGUAUAUGCAUAAUGAAAUUUACAGUCAA